UUUCCCGUAAACAACAGCGAAAAUGUAUCCUGGUAACAGGACACGAGCCAAAUAAAAUGAAUGAGUGAGUGAAAUACAAAAAAUAGCACUACCAAGCGAGUUACGUGAAACAUUUAUCUUUUUAUUCAGGAAACAAUAAAACAAUUUAGUCAUGGAGGACAUCAGGGAUGCAAGAGGAUUUAAAGGGUUUGUGGAAAGACUGACUCUCGGUAUUACCCGGGUGCUUGAAGGUCUGCCGGGGGUGACGGACGUGCGUUUUGUGGAGAGGGAGCCGGUGGAGAGACGCUGCCUCAUGUCCUGGGAACAUAGGAACGACUGUGAGCUGCCCGAAGACUUGCGAGAUUUCUAUCUUACUACGGAUGGUUUCACCCUGACCUGGUGCACAAAACUGGAAAGUGAGGCGGUACCCCUGGGCAGCAUGGUGAUCAACAGCCUGGCCAAGCUCCUCCCUCUCAGCCAAUCAGCAGUCUUCUCCCUGCCCAACAUGCCCGCGCUGUCCGACCUGGACAGCCAGGAGGAACCGGAAGAAUCAGACGACCCCCCAGGGGUGCCCCACUUUGGCGAGCGCAGCCGUAUUUUCGAGCUGGACCCCUGUGGCGGGAACGGAAAGGUGUGCCUCGUCUACCGGAACUGCAGCCAAGAAAGGGAGGCGCAGGACAGUGAGGUGUGGUUCCUGGACAGGGCUCUGUACUGGCACUACAUCAGCUCCUCCUUCACGGCCUACUACCGGCUGUUGAUCACGCACCUGGGCCUGCCUGAGUGGCAGUACAACUUCACCCCUUACGGGCCCAGCCCCCAGGCCAAGUGCAGCCAUUGCCAGAUCAGUGCUUUUUCAUCUAAUAACAAGGUAAUAAUAAGGUCCUAAUGCUAACGCGCUAAUGGCUGUGGCCUUUUCCCGCUUGGAAUGAUGGCCCGCAGCUACGUUUGUAAUUAAAAAGAAUGAUUUGUUCAUUUGAUGAAUUGCUAAAGAGCCUAGAGCAUUUGUCCAAGUUAUUCAGCUUAAUUAACUGCGACAGCUAUGCAAAACUUGUUUAAGCAGAAGUCGUCUCUGCUAAUUAAGCUCAUUGACUUGGGUGAUUGUUCUUGGAAGAAGAUAAGAGACAGAAUAGCCUUUACGCUUAUCUCUUCUCGUGGCAGCAACACCUGCAACAACAACAGCUUUUUUUAGGACGGUCUUCCAGCUGAAAGGGAAUCAAAAGUUGAAUUUAGUGGAGCCACCUAGUGGUGCACCCCAAGUGGUGCGCGCCAUUGAGGUUCUGGUCCGUAAUGCAGUGAUGUCUUGGAACUGGACCGUGACAGAGCCGACCCGCGUGGUGACGCGUGAUUGGCCGUACCGUUACCGUGGGAAGGGGGAGGGGUUUAGCCGGCAGAGCGUACCCCACUUGAGCUGCGCAGUCGUCCAGCGUUGAAGCCACACCCAUUCAGCUGGCCAAUCACAGUGCAGUAAAGAGGCGGUCAGCUGACAUCACACAUUUACAAAGACCCCCAUGCUCUUGUUAGUCCUCAGAUCCCAGAUAGAUAAAUCACCUAGGCUUUUCUUGGGUUUCAUCAUUGCAUAGCUCCACCACCGGUACAAUACCUAAAUGGAAAAAUUGCUGAGAAUCUUGAGAAAAUUUAAGACGGUGAAAAACUGCAUCACAUAAUUUUCUGUUCAGCUAAUUUUUUAUUUAAUUAUAAAGAGUUCAGUAUGUUGACAGCCACAGGAGGUGAAGGCUCAGAUAAUCCAGGUAGUCACAGCAUCCAGGUGUACAGAGAGUCAUAGCAUCCAGGUGUACAGGGAGUCACAGCAUCCAGGUGUACAGAGUCAGAACAUCCAGGUGUACAGAGAGUCACAGCAUCCAGGUGUACAGGGAGUCACAGCAUCCAGGUGUACAGAGAGUCACAGUAUCCAGGUGUACAGAGAGUCACAGUAUCCAGGUGUACAGAGAGUCACAGUAUCCAGGUGUACAGAGAGUCACAGCAUCCAGGUGUACAGAGUCACAGCAUCCAGGUGUA